AUGGAGGACGGCGUGCUCAAGGAGGGCUUCCUCGUGAAGAGGGGCCACAUUGUCCCCAAUUGGAAGGCACGAUGGUUUAUCCUUCGGCAGAACACACUCCUGUAUUACAAGCUAGAGGGUGGCCGGCGAGUGACCCCACCCAAGGGAAGGAUCCUCCUCGAUGGCUGCACCAUCACCUGCCCCUGCUUGGAGUAUGAAAACCGGCCGCUCCUCAUUAAGCUGAAGACCCGAACUUCCACUGAGUACUUCCUGGAGGCCUGUUCUCGAGAGGAGAGGGACUCCUGGGCCUUUGAGAUAACGGGAGCUAUCCACGCAGGGCAGCCGGGGAAGGUCCAGCAACUCCACAUACAGAAAAACUCCUUCAAGUUGCCCCCACACAUCAGCCUGCAUCGAAUUGUGGACAAGCUGCACGACAGCAGCAGUGGAAUCCGGCCGUGUCCCAACAUGGAGCAGGGGAGCACCUACAAAAAGACCUUCCUGGGCUCCUCUUUGGUGGACUGGCUCAUCUCCAGCAACUUUGCAGCCAGCCGUCUGGAGGGGGUGACCCUGGCCUCCAUGCUUAUGGAAGAGAACUUUCUCAGGCCAGUUGGGGUCCGGAGCACGGGAGCUAUUCGCUCCGGGGAUCUGGCCGAGCAGUUUCUGGAUGACUCCACAGCCCUGUACACUUUUGCUGAAAGCUACAAGAAGAAGGUCAGCUCCAAGGAGGAGAUCAGUCUCAGCACCAUGGAGUUAAGUGGCAUAGUGGUCAAGCAAGGCUACCUAUCCAAGCAGGGGCACAAGAGGAAAAACUGGAAGGUGCGCCGAUUUGUUCUGAGGAAGGAUCCAGCUUUCCUGCAUUACUAUGACCCUUCCAAAGAAGAGAACAGGCCAGUAGGUGGGUUUUCUCUCCGUGGAUCUCUUGUGUCUGCUCUGGAGGAUAAUGGUGUUCCUACUGGAGUUAAAGGGAAUGUCCAAGGAAAUCUCUUCAAAGUGAUUACAAAGGACGACACACACUAUUAUAUCCAGGCCAGCAGCAAGGCCGAGCGAGCAGAGUGGAUUGAAGCUAUCAAGAAGCUAACAUGA